AUGACAAUACUAGACAAGAAGAUCAAAGUGUUCACGGCUGAGUCUACUAAAAAGUCCAAGUAUCAUCCUAAUACUGACAAACUCUCGGUAUCUCCAGAACCAUCUUCUAAUCAAUCAGCAUUCAGUAAUCAUCCUUAUUCCCAGUUAAAGCAUAGAACAAUCAAGAAUUCUAAAUCUUCAUCUCAUAUCUCCAUCAACGAUGAAUUAGAUGAACUAAUAUCAAAGACUUCCAAUCUCUCUAUAAGUAACCCAUCGAAAUGGUCUAAUAUUUCCUAUUGGUUAGUAAAUUACAUCAAUCCUUUAUUUUUAACCGCCUUAUCGGCUGCGGUUAGACUUUAUCAUAUUGAUUAUUCUAAUUCUGUGGUAUGGGAUGAAGCUCAUUUUGGAAAAUUCGGAGGUUACUAUUUAAAUCGAGAGUUUUAUUUUGAUGUUCAUCCUCCAUUAGGUAAAUUGUUAAUUGGAUUAUCAGAAUAUUUAGCUAAUUUUAAUGGUGAUUUUGAUUUUAAGAGUGGAGCUAAAUUUCCUGAAGAUUGUAAUUUCAUAUUUAUGAGAGCUUUCAAUUGUAUAUUUGGAAUCUUAUGUACUCCAGUAGCAUAUUACUUAAGUUUAAAUCUUGGAUUUAGUAAUCUAACUACUUGGUUCUUAUCUUUACUGGUUAUAUUUGAAAUGUUAUCUUUAACAUUAUCAAAAUUCAUAUUACUUGAUUCAAUGUUAUUAUUUUUUACUGUGACUUGUUAUUUUUGUCUUAUUAAAUUACAUAAAUUAAGAAUAUCUAAUAAUUUAUUAUCAUUAAAUGGUAUUAAAUGGCUAACUCUAACUGGUAUUUCAAUUGGUUGUGUUUGUUCUGUAAAAUGGGUUGGAUUAUUUAUAACUUUAUUAAUUGGUUAUUAUAUUAUUUAUGAUCUUUUACUAAAGACUUACCAAUUAAUUUCCACUGAUGAUCAAUCAUUAUCAAAUUAUUUAUUACAUUGGAUUUCAAGAAUUAUAACAUUAAUUCUAAUUCCAUUUUGUAUUUAUGCAUUAUGUUUUAAAAUUCAUUUCCUGGUAUUAACUCAUUCAGGUACAGGUGAUGGUUCAGUGUCAACCUUAUUACAAGCAUCACUUGAAGGACAUUCAAUUGAUUUUGGUCCAAGAUCAGUUGGUUAUGGAUCAUUAAUAACAAUGAGAUCUCAAGGUUUAUCACCUAACUUAAUUCAUUCUCAUGAACAUAAUUAUCCACAAGGUUCAAGACAACAACAAAUUACAACUUAUGGAUUUAAAGAUGAAAAUAAUGAUUUUUUAAUUGAAUUCCCCUUUGAUAGAGGCUUACUUGCAAGCUUGGAUUAUGAAGAUGACAGUAAUAGGAAUAACAAUACUAACAAUACUAACAAUACUAAUAUAACAAGAGAAAUUAUUAACCAUGAUGAAUUGUUUAGAACAUUAGUUAAAGAUGGAGAUGUGAUCAGAUUAGUUCAUAGAAUGACCGGAUGUUUAAUUCGAACACAUCCAAUUUCAGCUCCAAUUGCAACUAAUCAUUUUGAAGUUUCUUGUUUUGGAGAUAUUGAAAAUUCAAAUGAAUAUAAGGAUGAAUGGAUUAUUGAAGUUAAAUUUCAAGAUAAAUCUCCUUCACCUCAUUUUCAAUCAGAAGAUAUAAAUGAAAUUCAUCCUAUAUCAACUAACUUCAGAUUGAAAAAUAAACAAUUGGGUUGUUAUUUAGCAACAACAGGUUAUUCUUAUCCAGGUUGGGGAUUCCAACAAGGUGAAGUUGUUUGUAAACAUUCAAUUAUUGCUCAUGAUAAAAGUACUUGGUGGAAUAUUGAAGAUCAUAUAAAUAAAGAAUUAGAAUCUCCUAAAGAAACUUACAUACCACCGCCACCAAAGUUUUGGAAAGAAUUUUUAUUACUAAAUUAUGGUAUGAUGGCAUCAAAUAAUGCAUUGAUUCCUGAUCCUGAUAAAUUUGAUAAAUUAAGUUCUGAAUGGUGGGAAUGGCCAAUAUUACAUACUGGUUUAAGAAUGUGUGGUUGGACAACUGAUGAAAUUAAAUUCUUUUUAAUUGGGAAUCCGUUUUUUUUCUUAUUUACUCGACAAUCAGAGCCUUUAAAUAUCAAAGACAAUGGCUUUUAUUUGAUAUAUUUGAUUCAUCAUGGAAUGAAUUUCUAA